UCACAAAGUCAAUGAAACAAAGAGAAACAGAAAAGAGUCUGUUUCUGUGAAAGAGGAAACGACUCCCGGGCUGGAGGCGGGAGCAACCUUACUCGGCGCCGUCCCACGAGAAGUAGCGUAGCUCUGUUAUCGGGGAUCAGCUGCCCUGCGGUGGGGGCCGACUGCAAAGACCUGGACUGACCCCCCCCACUCUUUUUCCAAUCUCAGGUGAGGGCAGUGCUUUUUUUUGCUAAAAGAAUAUUAAGGAUUACUCUCAUUUUGACUCCAGAAAAUCACCAUUUUACAGUUCAGAUCGGGAAAAAUAAAUACAGCAAAUGGGCAAAAGUACAAAGAUUCACCAAAGGUUUAGGGGUAGGCUUUCCCUGCGCCCCCCCCCCGAAAAAAACACUGGGUGAAGGCGCGGGGAAAAUAACUUUUUAAGGCAAAUUGGGGUGGCGAUGUCGCCUCACGUCGCAGAAGUUUUUUUUUUUGGGGGGGGGUAAAUUAUAGCGGGGAGGAAAAGGACGUGGGAACCAGUUCUGGGGCCUAGUUCGGGAGGGAGCUGAUUUUUUGGAUAGGGUGUCAGGAUGUAGGAAAGAUCCGGGGAGGGAGGCGGGUAGCCAAAGGAAAGGGAGACAAAUAGAAAAGAGGAGUGCGUGACCAGGGGCGGGAGACUUUCCCCACGCGACCCUGAUGCGUGUCUACUCGGUCUCGCUGAGUCCCGUGGGGCUUACUCCCAGGUAAGUGGGCACAAGCGUGCAGUCUUAGGCUAAGGAAAGCGAAGGAAGCCGGUUUUUGAGGAAAGUUGGGUUUUGAAGUGAGGGAGGGGGGCGGGUGUUGAAGUCAACAUGGGGAGGGCGCAUAGCAAUCUCGUCCCCCCCCCCGGGGGUGGGAAUAAAAGUCAGUAAAGUAAGCAAAGAGAAGAGGCUGGGAAAGGGGUGCGGGGGGGGGGGGAGAGAUUAGGAAAUGCCCAUACUCCUCUCUGUUGAGCACCCUCUUCCUCUGAAGGGGGUCUUUCCUCUUCAGUUUGUGGAAUGUGGGGAGAGGACGUGCCCCACUUGGGUAUUUCUGCUUGUAGCAGCAAAGAGAGGGUCACUGGAAGGGGCUGUAAUUCCCCCCCCCCUUUUGCCGUCACCAGAUACGGAGCAACUACAUAAUAUCACCUAUCUUGUAUGCAAUUCUGCGAUCCUUGUGUUUUGCUCUGCGUGUCCUGACUGCUGUGGGGCACGAUUUUGGUACCUGUUUGUUUCUCCUACAUGCAAUUCUCCUUGCAGGAUCUGCUGCCGGCCCUCCAUGUUGGCGAGGGAUUUGCACCCAUGACUGAUGGGAGGAUGAAAGGGUAUUUGGACCAGCAGGUGCCUUACACUUCUGCACAGGUGAGCGACGAAGGAGAAUCAAACCGCCGGACCUCUUCCCUGGUCUUUCCUUGCCUUUUUAACUUUGCAGCCUGUAGAUCGGACUGGACUUGAGUCCAGCAUUGUCUUACGUUGCGUGCAUUAUUUUUCUUCUUCUUCAAAUACAGAAACCGUCAGGAAAUGGCAUCCUGGAAGGCAGGGCUGUGAUGGCUGCGCGGAAGAAAUCCAUGGAUCCAGGGAUGCCCCACGUCCCAGACCCCGAAGGUGUGUAUGUGGGAGAUCCUGGAGAGAGACGAAUGUGGGUUAUCUAUGGGGACCAAUUGAAUAUACCACCUGCGUGAAGCCUGUUGGCACUGAAAUAAAAGGAUCCUGAUGCAACAUUGUGACCUGAAAUAAUGAUAUUUUGGUACAGCUUUUGCACCUGUUUUACAGACUGAGGAACUGAGGCUGAGCAGGAAUCCCUUCUCGAGUGACACCCCCCCCCCCAGCUUGUCAUGGGUUGAGUCUUCCAUGAGUUUUAAUGCUCAGUGUUUGGCUUCUCUCUUUUUUUGACACUUCUGAAACACACCAGGUUUAUCUUCAGUUUAUGUUCUUAGGCUUCCCAUUGCUGUCAUUGCACAGCCUCUGGAAUUGUCUGCAGCCCUGCCUGAGGGGGCUCUAACAGAUUUAGGCAGGAGAAGGGAACUUGUAACCUCAGUACCACCUGGAGAACUACAACUCCUCCAUGUGCCUUCCUCAUAAGAGGUUUGGAGGGUGGCAAAUAAUAAUAAUAAUAAUAAUAAUAAUAUAUUAUUUAUACUCCGUUCAUCUGGCUGGGCUCCCCCAGCCACUCUGGGCGGCUUCCAACCAAAUGUUAAAAUACAGUAAUACAUCAAACAUUAAAAGCUUCCCUAAACAGGGACACAAUAAUGGGCCUUUUCCACUCCCUGUUUGUAGAAUACUCCUUCCAGGGAGGUUUGGCUGGUGCCUUCAUUAUACACCUUUAAGUGCCAGGCAAAAAUGUUCUUCUGCAACCAGGCCUUUGGCUAAUUUACAUACGAUGGUCUUUUAAAUGUGUUGUGGGAGAGGGGAUUAUCGGUUUGUUUUCAUUUCAAUUUUUAUUAUGUAUUUUGCACUUCUUCAAUUGCAAUUUUAUGUUGCGAACUGCCCCUGAGAUCUACGGAUGAAGCGUGGCAUACAGAUCUAAUUGUUGUUUUUGUUUUAACUGCUGCAUCACUAGUUGGACCACGAGAUCAGAAACUUGGGCUGUUUGGAGAAGUCGAGCAGGGUGCAAGCUUACCUGUAGCUAAGCUCUGCUGAAUUCACAUGCAUUCUAGGUUCCUGUCACUUGUGUGCCUGGGAGCCUUGCCGCAAGAUGGGUGAUAGAUGGCUCAGUCAGUAGAGCAGGAGACUCUGAAUACCAGGGUUGUGGGUUCCAGCCCCACGUUGGGCAAAAGAUUCCUGCCUUGCAGGGGGUUGGUCUCGAUGACUCUCCUGGUCCCUUCCAACUCUAUGAUAUUAUGAUGGUGGUGGUGAUUAAUUGAAUUUAUAUACCACCCUAUAACCGGGGGUCUCAGGGCAGUUCACAGAAUAAAAGCAAGAUAUACAAAAUACUUAAUAAAAACAAAAACAAUAAAAUACCUAAUAAAAAUAAAAACAACCACCCAAUAGUCCCCCCCUCCCCAAAAAACACAUUUUAAAAGGGCAUAGGACGUAAAAUCGGAUCAACCAAAGGCCUGGUUAAAAAGCACCAUUUUUGCCUGGUGCCUAAAGGUGUAUAAUGAAGGUGCCAGGCGAACUUCCCUGGGGAGAGCAUUCCACAGACAGGGAGCCACUGCAGAAAGGGCCCUGUUUUCCUGUUGCCACCCUCUUGAGGAGAAGGCACACGAAGGAGGGCAUCAGAAGAUGAUCUCAUGGUCUGGGUAGGUUUAUAUGGAAAGAGGCGGUCCUUGAGGCAUUGCGGUCCUAAGCCGUUUAAGGCUUUAUUGGUCAAAACCAGGACUUUGAAUUGGGCCUGGAAAUUAAUUGGUAGCCAGGGCAGUGGGACCAAGAUCGGUGUAAUAGGCUCAAACCGUCUUGCUCCGGUGAGCAACCUGGCCGCUGAAUUCUGCACCAGCUGAGGUUUCCGAACCGUCUUCAGAGGCAGCCCUACGUAUAACGCAUUGCUCUCGUUCUGCUGCAGCCGCUCCAUGGCCAUCAUACCCUGUCCUGUUCUCUUGCAGAUCUCUUCCACGACCUGAACCAAUUUCAGGAAACCUGGCUGACUGAAGGUAAGGCUGAGCUGUUGGGAUUCCUUCACUGGCCAACCCCUUCCUUCCCCUUCCCCUUCCCGUUACAGAUAGGUAGCCGUGUUGGUCUGCCAUAGUCAAAAUAAAAAAAAUCCUUCCAGUAGCACCUUUAAGACCAACUAAGUUAGUUCUUCCCCUUCCCCUUCAUCUUCUUUGGCCACCUCCCCCCCCCUUCUGCUUCUAGAGACUUUUGCAUAUGUAGCUCAGGCUUGGGUAAACUCGGGAGUAUGAAUCACACCAUUGUGUCCUUAUUUGCUUAUGAAAGGAACUUGGCAGGCCCCCCCAAAAAACUUCCUUUUCCAGAAUGGGCUGGUCUGGGACCUACGGUUUGUUUGCUUUAAACUUUCUCCUUCGCAGAUCUGAAGAUCUGCCACCUGCUUUUAAGCUUUUGAAUGAGGCACACUUUGGAAAAAAAUAAAUUAAAGGCUUCGAGUUUCCUUUUCCCUUUGGCUUGUUAGGUUAUGAUAUCUCUCUCCACUGUUUCUCUGCUUCUCGACUGACGUCGGCCUGGGAAGGGGGAGCCUGUUGAUUCCCUGAGAGCCCAAUUAAUGCCGAUAGUAGUUAAUUGCAGUUUUGAAGUGAGUUUUUGGCUUCUGUUCUCGGAGACGGUGGAUCUAGGGACCUGGCAUUUUGAGAAAGGUUAAAAAGGUUAAAAAUUGUAUUGUUUACUUCACUUGCCGUUGUUCUUGGGCAGUGGAUCACCCUGGAACGUAGCUAAGAUUAAGUCAUAAUUGCAUACCAUCGGCACUGAUGACAAAUUUUUCAAAAGAAAGAAGAAAGUGUGUGUUGUAAGGGGGAAUUCCACCAAGAUGACUCACGGAUAUGUUCAUAUCGCUGCAGGAGAUUUAUCAACUGGGUGCUACAACGUAGCUUGGUGCUUUUUUCUCAGAUGUCCAAUAAUUGCAAGGAAAAUAAUUUCUCAGUGGAAUUGAGCAUCUUGAAACACGGCUUCUGUUUAUAAAUACCUAAAAAGCAAACUACUGGAUCUCAUGGUUUUAGAGAGAAUCUUCUCCAAAACUUUCCCCCUUCCUGCGUUGGAAUGAUUUAGGAAACUAUUUUCAAAAGGUUCCAAAUUAUUUGAGAGUCUGAAUCCUAGAAAUGAGAUAGAUUUUGCAAAGUUGACCCAGUACACGCAGGAGCAAUCAAUCUGCAUGGUGUAUUCUGCUUCUGGAAUUUCACUUUUCACCCUCAAUAUUGGCUAAAGAAUGUGCCAGUGCUGUUGGUAGUAUGGCCCUUGGUGUAUGGAAUUGUGACACUGUGUUGUCAGCUCUAUUGCAAUAAACAUAAGGACUAGAACCUUGGGCCUUGCAUUUUCGCUUCUGCUUUUUUAUUUUUCUUAAAAUGCUUAGUAUGUCAGAAAUUCAGUUCCUGUACUGGAAUUCUAUGCUCUUAAGAUCUGCUGAUUGUGUUGGCAGUGGUUUGAGGAUAUCUGAGAAGAAAUGUAGUAUCUUUGUUUUGUAUUUGUGAAGGGGAGAUCUUACAGCUUUGGGGAGGAAGGAAGCUCAGAAUCGAAAGAGGUUUCAUAUGGUGGGUCUUCGUCGAACAUAUAUCUGACAAACAAUGGGAGGGGGGAAUGGAUUCUGGGUGCUUUCACUUCAGUGUGUAUUCCAAAAGUAGGGUCAAAGUUUCCCCAUUCCUGACCUAGAGUAUUCUCAACCAGAGGAUCACUUCCCUCCCUCCUCUUCAGUACUGCCAAAGUUUGCCAGACUCUUAAUGUGGUUUACUCUGUAUGAGCCUAUCCAGCACUAGUUUAAAUCGAAGGGGCUAUUUUGGUUCCAGAUUGACUAGACAGAAGCACAUGAUUGUCCCAUAACAUUCUAGCAACAGAAGCAUAGCUUUGCAGCACCCAAAACGCCAGGCUGUGCCUUUGCUUGGUAUCUUAAGGUCCAUGUUUGUACAUUUCACACAUAUAUGCGAUGAACCCCAUGCACUUGGAACUGAAACUUCCAGGGAUUUGAAAGAGGAAACUCAAACUUUCAAAGAGUUGCAACUCUUUGCAGCUCGGUCACAUCGAACUUACAAAAGAAAAGAAAAAAAGCAAUUGCCGGAACAAAAUAGCGAUGCAACAAGACACGUGGAUUCAUCAGAUUUGGGGAAAUUGUGCAUGUCUCUGGGGAAUAGGGACAAUUGGAAAAAUACAGCUUCUGGAUGGUGGGUGGGUGGUGGGUUAGGCCCUCGGAGGAGGGCUGCCCUCCCCACCUGGAAGUGGCAAGACAUACAGACUGAGAAACCUUUAACCUGAUCUUCCUGGAUAUGCUGUGCAAAGUGGGAAUAACAGCCCUCUACUAAUUGUAGCUCCUCUGCUAAUUGUGGAGGGUAGCUCUUUGGAAGGGACGCGGGUGGCACUGUGGGUUAAACCACAGAGCCUAGGACUUGCCGAUCAGAAGGUUGGCGGUUCGAAUCCCUGCGACGGGGUGAGCUCCCGUUGCUUGGUCCCUGCUCCUGCCAACCUAGCAGUUUGAAAGCACGUCAAAGUGCAAGUAGAUAAAUAGGUACCACUCCGGUGGGAAGGUAAACAGCGUUUCCGUGCGCUGCUCUGGUUUGCCAGAAGCGGCUUAGUCAUGCUGGCCACAUGACCCGGAAGCUGUACGCCGGCUCCCUCGGCCAAUAAAGUGAGAUGAGUGCUGCAACCCCAGAGUCGGCCACAACUGGACCUAAUGGUCAGGGGUCCCUUUACCUUUAGCUCUUUGGAAACAGUUUGUGGAAUGCAGCUGCCAUCAAUAUCAGAAUCUACAGGGGACUCAAAGAAUCACAGAGCUGGAAGGGACACUGAGCGUCGUUUAGUCCGACCAGUGUUCAAAAUUAGCCAUGUGCCUAUUGGCCACUUGUGAUCAAGUGAAGAUGCCUGGGUCACCAAGAUGUCCCUUGACAUCUCCACCAUCUGGAGGUACAUGCCUGGGGAUCCUUGGAUCUAGACCGUUUUCACGCACUAAUACUGUAGAAUGCUAUCUGUGAGAUUUUACCUGCGCAAUCAGGAUGAAUUUCAGGAACUAAAAUGCUUUUCCCGUGCGGCCUGAGCAGGAGCAGUGAACAAGGUUAUAGUGAAUUGUUGCAGCUUGUCUUACUUACCCCACCCUACUGCUGUCCUCUGAGUUGUGAAAAAUAUUCUUAACAUUAUGAAUGGUCCGUGUCACCAUUAAGAUAAAGAGGUCGGAAUCGGCCAAUAUAUACAGGGCCGGAUUUAGGUUUGAUGAGGCCCAAAGCUACUGAAGGUAAUGGGACCCUUUAUAUGUCCAGCUGUCGUUUGUCAACAACAAAUCGUCCCUGUUUUUUGUGUUGAAUAUAUGCUAUGUGGAAAUGAGCAAACCAGUGAUAUUUUAGGGAGCAGGCUAGCAGGCGGGGCCCAUGACUUACAUCAUAGGAGGCUACACAACACAAAACACUGUUGCUGUAUGUAGGUUUUAUUUUGUUUUUUAUCUUAUAUUUUGGAAAUGUACAUCCAGUUUUUUUUGGGUCCUCAAGAGAGUGGGGCCCUAAGCUAUAGCUUGUUUAGCUUAUAUGUAAAUCCGGCACUGAAUAUAUAUGUGGACUGUCCCUGGAUAAAAGUGACUUUUCUUCUUGAAUUUCUCAGAGCUCUUAACCUAGCUCAAGGUUGUCAUCUGAACUAGCCAGAUAUUUAACUGAUAAUCCAUCCCAGUCAGUCCACCACUUGAAAAAUAAGACUUUAGAGCCGACUUGCUCCAAAAUGGCAGCUAGACAUUCCCUUUCAGCGACUGCAACCUUGGUUUACAGAGCCAUUUGGCCCCUAGCUUAUAUAUCUGAGUUUCAAACACAUGAGUCCAACCCGCUAUGAUGCAGGAAUCUCAACACAUGUUCCCCCAUCCAAGUUGAACCCAUACUGGACCUUGCUAAGCUUUGCAAAUGUGCUAGCAGUUUUAUUGCUGCACCACUAGCUGAGCUCUUUUGCUGCACCCCAGUGAGAUUCAGACCCUGCCCAGCAAUGUUGUGCCAGAGGACAGGCCCUGAGACAAGGGCAUGGGGAGGGCUGUGGUGCCAAGGCUUCGACCCCCAACCCCAACGCAACGGUUAAACUCUGCGAUCUCAGGUUUCUUGGCGUACAUUGGAACUUCGGGGACAGGCGAUGGCUGCAUCUCUUUUGACAGGCUUUGUUCUGGGAUGGUGUCAAUUUGAGAGUUUGCUGGGAGCUGGUUUGGGGAAUGCAGCCGAUCGAAUGUUAGUCGGCGUUUAGCUAGUCUUGAACGUGCCUUUUCCGCCUCCCGUCUCGGCACACAUGCAGAGCUCAGCUGGGGUCGUGUGGUCCAGCCUUACCUCCGGGGUGGGUGGGGGAAAGUGUGGGAAUUUUAUCUGGGAUCACAAUGGCUUGCAAUCAUAAAGGGCAUCAUCAUCACACAUAUUUGAGUGAUGUGAGCGUGUUAACAGACUCUGAGAGAUCCCUGCAUGACAGCCUUGUAAAUUACACGGAAACCACAGUCAAUGGGACUCCUAAAGUGUACAGGAGCAAUAGCAUUGAAACAAAUAACAGUGUUGCAUUUCACAAGAGUAGUGCAUAAAACACUUGUGAAAUAGAUAUAGUAUGUGCAUUAAAAAUAAAAUAAAAUAGCCUGCAUUUCCAUGCUGGCUGUGGAAGAGGGAAAGCCCUUUCCAACAACAGCCAGCAGGUUAGUUAAAAAAAGAAAAGCCUUCUGCCAAAUCUACUGGCUGGAGGUGUGUGACAAGGCGAUCCGUGACGAGUGGCAAGGCUACGUUGAAACCAGCAGUUUUGAUUUGUGACAGAUAUUUAUUGGCUCCUAUAUUUGUAAUCCCAACGUUGGUUUCAGGAGCUGCGGGUGGGACAGCGUACGGCACAGCGCAGAGUUAACAUACGGAACUCACUGCCACAAGGUGUGCCAAUGGCCACCGGCUUUCAGAGAGACAAGUUUGCAGAAAUAUGCAUGUCUGUCCCUCUACUGCAUUUCGACGCUGGUUGUGGAGAAGGGAAGUUUGGCAGUGGAACGGUCUCCCUCGGGAGGUUGUGAACUCUCCUUCCUUGGAGGUUUUUAAGCAGAGGUCGGGUGGCCAUCUGUCAUGGAUGGUUUAUCUGAGAUUCCUGCAUUGCAGGGGGUUAGACUGGAUGAUCCUUGGGGUCUCUUCCAAUGCUAUGAUUUUCCGCUUGCCUGUGGUUACCAGGCGAGCUGUUAAAUAAAGCUGCUGUUUGAGAAAGAGGUCUGUUGCCUUAUAGUGGGCGUCGGGCAAGAUGAAAAGACAUGACUAUAAUAACCUCUUUGUUGGAUCAGAGCAAAGGCUUGUCUAGUCCUGUGGCCGGUCAUAAGCCUUUGGAAGCUUUCUUGCAAGGCAGAAUGAGAGAGAAUAAUCCCCCAUUGCUUGCCUCUAGUAUUUGGUGUUCUGUCUUGGAUCAUGAAGAGUCUAUGUAGGUAUUGGAGGCAACAGCCCUUGAUUUAGGCUCCAUGAAUCUCUCUUUUUUUAUUAUUUAUGAUUUUCAGUUAUAUACUAGGUUGCAAUUUAGCUGAUUGAUUGUGUGUGUGUGCGUGUGUGUGUACGUGGGGUCAAUUGUCCAGUGACCCCCCCAGCUCAAAGGGAGCCUCAGACUGAGAAACUGGUUCUUUUUUGCCAUUUCAUUUCACAACUUGUGUGUGUGUGUGUGCCUUGGACCAAAAUGCGUUGGCCUGUUUGAAAGCAGCUGCUUGCUUUUUUUAAACAAACCCUCUCCCUGCUUCUUAGGCAAUGUAGUCUCUGCUUCUUGGGUAUCCUGCUAAUUUUUAGCCUGUUGCAGUUGUGGAUUCCCUCUCCCCCUGUCCAUCUUUUCCUGAUUCAUUAUUUUAUAUUUUGGAGACUGCUGGCAUCAAGAACACAUCUGACAGAGUCCUAUGCAGGGAAGGAACCAUGGCUCCACGGUGGACCAUUUUCUUUGUGUGCAGAAGGUCGUUUCUGAGCACCUCUAGCUGAGAAAGGGAUUGGGUAGCAGGAGAAGGAAGAAGGAAGAAGACCUCUGGAUGGAGAACCAUUAGCAGCCUUGAAGUGCUUGAUGCUGGGCUAAGUAGACAAAAUCAGCCUGGCUCUGUAUAAGGCAGCUCUCUGUGCUAUUAAGGUAGAUGUUCCAUCUACCUUGGAUGAGCUUUCCGGGCUUCUUGGUUGCUUUCCAGUCAACCCCAAUGUCUGCUUAGAGAGGAAUAAAUUUGCCGUCUCUAGGAGGAAAUGUUGAGCUCUCCUACUGUCUGGCCUCGUUCAAAUGCUUUGGCCGGGACGACUGAAAUCAUGGCAUGUUAGAUGCCUUUCCAGCCUUGGCUUGAGGAUACACAGAGGUGGUGAGUCCUUUUUUCACAAAACCAAUCGAUUAUCUGUUUUUAUGUAAAAGGCGGGCCACUUUGAUUUGAAGUAGGGACCAUAAGGCUACAAUUCUAGGCAUGCUUGUUUUGUUAGUACACUUGAAUCUAGUGGUGUGUUGCUUCUAGGUAAGCAAGCUUGGUAUUUCACCAAAACUCUAGUUUUUAAGGAGAUCCAUGCAGAAUAUGUGGUUGGGAUGUGAUUACCCGCUCUGAGACCCCAUAGCUGAUUCUCCCCUGGCCUCCUCACUCGCCCAACUAGGACUAAUUCAGCCAGCUAUCGCUGGUGAUUAUCGAAUGCUUAUUAGAUGGAUUUCCCGUAAAUUGAUUUCUGAACUUUGAAUUUUAUGGUUAUUCAUGUUUUUAUAAUGUAUUUUAUGCUGCUUUUACAAUUAAGCGUUUUAAAUUUGUUGUUAGCCGCCCUGAGCCUGCUUUCUGAACCGGGAGGGGCGGGGUAUAAAUAAAAAUUUAUUAUUAUUAUAAUUAUUAUUAUCAUCUCCAUAGCUCUGCAUUUGGAAGGAUUUCUGUGGUAAAUCAGGAAGAACUUUUUGACAGUAAGAGCUGUUUGGCAGUGAAACAGUCUUCCUUGGGGAUACAGGGCCGUCUUUACCUGGGGGUGCAAGGGGUGUGGGGCACCUGGGCACUGAAUUCUGGGGGGGGGCAGGCGCCCCCCUCUGAAGCCGCCUAAGCUCUUAACUAUCUACCUCUAAUGAAAUAAUAAAUAGUUUUGAUCAAGCUAGAAAAGCAAAAUACAUAUACAGUGGUACCUCGGGUUAAGUACUUAAUUCGUUCCGGAGGUCUGUUCUUAACCUGAAACUGUUCUUAACCUGAAACACCACUUUAGCUAAUGGGGCCUCCUGCUGCCGCUGUGCCGCUGGAGCCCAAUUUCUGUUCUUAUCCUGAAGCAAAGUUCUUAACCUGAAGCACUAUUUCUGGGUUAACAGAGUCUGUAACCUGAAGCGUAUGUAACCUGAAGCGUAUGUAACCUGAGGUACCACUGUAUACCUAGGUGUUACCGAAAUGUAUACCUACUGUUUCACUAAAGAACUUUCGACUUUGUGCGCUCCUUUACCAAAGACGCACUUGUCAUUCACAAUGGCGCCGCGCACGCGAAAUUAACUCCUACAUCAAAAUAUUAUGUUACGUAUUGUAUUGAACUGCUCUGUAAUGUUUCUCCUAACUAGGUGCCUAAACAAUACUUAUAAGUUUAAGUGUGGUGGUGUUGUAUACUUAAGUAGAAGUGCAUUGUAAAGAAAUGAGAAAAUAAAAAAAAUUGUUUCUUUUCCCUCCCUUCUUUCAUAAACAAGAGAUUAAGGCGUAAGCGUGGUGUCUGACAAAAGCAUAGUAAAAGUUAAUUUGGGGGCUAAACUAAAUUUGGGGGAGCUGGGCAGAUCUUUGCACCACUGCGGCGCAUAUGCUAAAGACAGCGCUGUUGGGGAAUAGUGGACUCCCCUUCCUUGGAGGUGUUUAAGCAGAGGUUGGGUGGCCGUCUGUCAUGGAUGCUUUAGCCGAGAUUUCUGCGUUGCAGGGGGUUGGACUAGAUGACCAUUGGGUCCUUUCCAACUCUACAAUUCUGUGAUUCUAUAUAUUUGUGUCCAAUGCUGGGGGUGGGGGGAAGGAGGUUCUGCUAAUGCAAUGGGACUUCCCCUUUUCCUGUGCGCCCUUGGAAACAUUUCUGAGGACUGCAGAGGAGGUCAAAGCUCUGUUAAGCAUGCUGAAAUCUGCUGCGCUCAUGAAGCAGCAGUGUUGGGUAAGACGGUAAAUAUGCAAACUGCCCAGACUGAAAGCCUGUACCAAUUUCUUCCAGAAGCAGCACUUCAUUUGGGGUCUGCUGAACCCUCCAAAUCUCUGCUCUCAGAUCGAUCCUGACAAACUUGGGUGAACUUUCAAUGCCGACCUUCUCCGUUAUUUGUUUCUGCCCAAGAUUUCUUCCGAAAGCUGAUUCCCACAGUGGAAAAUAUUGCAUCCAGAGAAAGGGCCUAGGAUUUGGCAGACAUGUUUUUUUCUAGCUCCCCUUUCUUAAGUAUGUCGUUUCAGGAGUCAUUCUUGAGAUUUGUUAAUUCACAAUGGUUGGUGGUGACAAUAAUAAACUGUGGGGAACAUUAUUCUGCUAGUGAUCUUACAUGGGGGAUUUUUAACACGCUGUGUUUUGUAAAUGACGUUAAAAAAAGAAUGGUUAGAACUCAGACCCUUGAGCUGAAAAGGGCUCCUUCCCAGAACACAUAUUGCUUCUUUGCAACAUUCAGGAAUGACAUGCUGGGAGAGAAGGAAGGCAUUUGUAAAUAUUGUAUUUUUUUUGUGGCGGGGAGGGGUCUUCCUUCAACUCAACUGUGUUGAGUGAGGCAGAUUUCGCACCUGGGCCUCCUGUUUCUUUAUUUUGUUUAUUUAAAACCUUUAAAAAAAAAUAAAAAUCUGCAUUUCAUCCAAAAGACUUACCGUAUUUUUUGCUCUAUAAGACUCACUUUUUCCCUCCUUAAAAGUAAGGGGAAAUGUGUGUGUGUCUUAUGGAGCGAAUGCAGGCUGCGCAGCUAUCCCAGAAGCCAGAACAGCAAGAUGGAUUGCUGCUUUCACUGCGCAGUGAUCCCUCUUGCUGUUCUGGCUUCUGAGAUGCAGAAUAUUUUUUUUCUUGUUUUCCUCCUCCAAAAACUAGGUGCGUCUUGUGGUCUGGUGCAUCUUAUAGAGCGAAAAAUACGGGAAUAGUUUUCUGUGCGUUAGCCUGAUUUGAUUUUUCCGCUCUCAUGAAAGGGAUACAAGACUAUCUCUUCCCAUUUCUCUCCCCCACCCCCCAGCAUCAUUCGAGUUUGAUUAGGCUGAGGGUGUGGCCCAAAAGUCAGUUAGUGAGCUUCACUCUGUGCGAGGAUUUGAACCUCCCAAAACCAAAUCCAGUAUUCCAACUCCUCUGCUACGGGAGGCUGCCAAUUCCUACUUUAGAUCCUUUCAGGCUUCUGGCUUGUGAAAUCUACUGUGUAUCUCUCUCUCUCUCUCUCUCUCUCUCUCUCUCUCUCUCUGUGUGUGUGUGUGUCUGUGUUUACUAGAACCUUGAGAUCCACCAAUCAGAGCUUCAUUUAAAAUACAGUGGUACCUCGCAAGACGAAUGCCUCACAAGACGGAAAACUCGCAAAACGAAAGGGUUUUUGGUUUUUUGAGUUGCUUCGCAAGACGAUUUUCCCUAUGGGCUUGCUUCGCAAGACGGAAACGUCAUGCAAGUAUUCUUCCUUUUACUAAACACCGUAAAUAAAGUAGCGACUUGACUUCGAUGAGCAACUCAUAGCACGCGGUGUGGUAGCCUUUUUUGAGGUUUUUGAAGACUUUGGUGAUUUUUGAAGCUUUUCCAAAACUUUUCCGACACCGUGCUUCGCAAGACAAAAAAACCCGCAAGAUGAAAAAACUCGCGGAACGAAUUAAUUUCGUCUUGCGAGGCACCACUGUACUUGCACUUAGAAUCAAGCUGUUCUGAUCCCAGGAAUCUGCUUGGAGUGCCAGAACUGAACAGAGCUCAUAGUCCUUCAAAUAUACUCCUAGUAUCAUCCCUUGCUUCCUUCACUUCAGUAGUAUAAUGCGGCAUAGAUGGGAAUUACAGUGGUACCUCGGGUUACAUACGCUUCAGGUUAAAUACACUUCAGGUUACAGACUCCGCUAACCCAGAAACAGUGCAUCAGGUUAAGAACUUUGCUUCAGGAUAAGAACAGAAAUCGGGCUCCAGCGGCGUGGCAGCAGCAGGAGGCCCCAUUAGCUAAAGUGGUGUUUCAGGUUAAGAACAGUUUCAGGUUAAGAACAGACCUCCGGAACGAAUUAAGUACUUAACCCGAGGUACCACUGUAUUUUGUUGGCGUUAAACAUUUGGGAGUCAGAAAUCAUUGCUUAUCUACUUCAAAUUAGCCAGAGAUCUACAGCUAGAUCAGGAUCUAUCUACUGCCUCUCCCUGCUAUAACGUACAUUCGGAGCUGUGAUCUUGUUUCGUUUCUGUGUUUUACGUUCACAGCUGCUUUUCCCCGGAAUGGCAGCUUAUGCCUUGUAUUUAUUUAUUUUUAAAUCGUGCUUGAUUAACAUGACACACCCAGUAGAUGUCCAUAUGAAGUUAUCACCUUCCAUUCAAAUGAUACUAAUGAAAUGGUGCCCGUCGGUAAAUGCGAUGAGCGGGUGCUGCAGUUGCCCAAAUGUAGUGUUAAAAAACAAAAAAAGAUAAAAGCUCUGAUAAUGGAAGAGGAGGGGCUGAAUAAAGGAGACUGCAGGAGCGGUUUUGCAAUUGAUUCCACUUCCCAGGGAAGUCCGGGAAUGGUAGUUUCUUGAGGAAUGGAGGUCCACAGUACAGUGGUACCUCGGGUUACAGAUGCUUCAGGUUACAGACGCUUCAGGUUACAGACGCUUCAGGUUACAGACUUCGUUAACCCAGAAAUAGUACCUUGGGUUAAGAUCUUUGCUUCAGGAUGAGAACAGAAAUCCCGCAGCAGUGGUGUGGCGGCAGCGGGAGGCCCCGUUAGCUAAAGUGGUGCUUCAGGUUAAGAACAGUUUCAGGUUAAGAAGAGACCUCCAGAAGGAAUUAAGUUCUUAACUUGAGGUACCACUGUAUUCCUUGGGGGAAACCACGACUGCAUAAAGUGGUAUGAUGCCACUUUAAAUGUAUAGGGUACAGAAACCACUUAGAAGGGUGCCAUCACACUUUGCUGUAUAACUUUCCUUCUAGUGGGGCUACUGUAAACUGACCCUGUAAUCCUCAGGUGUAGGGCGGUAUACAUAAAUCGAAUAACUUACAAUAAUAAUACCUACUACCAGACCCUCUGAGUGUCCCUGUUUUCCAGGAACAGUCCCGGAUUUACAGAAGCCGCCCCGGUUUCUGAGUUGAUCCCAGAAUACCACUUUUCCUUAGGACAUCCCUAUUUUUAUCAGAGAAAUGUUGGAGGGUAUGGAGAUAUGUGACCCCUGAGCCAAGUAACUAUAUAACCUUUAGAAGACAUCUGAAGGCAGCCCUGUAUAGGGAACGAGUUGUUUUAAUAUUUAAUUUUAUAUAUAUAUAUAGUCCUUUUUCCUUGUCUUUGGAAAGGCACUGCCAGCGACUGUGGACAAUAACUGUCUGACUUGGGAGAAGGCCGUUUCCUAUAUUUGGUAUUCCAUUUUCAGUUUUCCAGCUUUCCCCCCUUUCCUUUCAUUAGUCCAAGCCAGGUCGAAGUAGGGUGUGGAAUAUCCCUUUAAUUCAGUGCCAUGUGGAAGGCAUUAAAAAGCACCAGCCUCUCAGAGAAGUUCUAUUUAUACUAUGCAAGCGGAAACAAGACAUGCAUAUGAAAGAAACAUGAAUUGUCCAGGGAUGGGGUGGGGGUGGCUCAGGGAACUGAGACUGAUGGAUUUAAAGUGCAAGUGAAACCGGCCAGUGGAUUGCUUAUUUUUAUCAUUUCAGAGAUAUUACAUCAUUUUAUGUGACAUGGUAGCAUUUUAGAGCUAUCCCUGGUAAAAUAAUAAUUUGGUAUGACUCGUUCUUGGCCUGCUACCCUAGAUCUGCUUUGUUGGCAUCUUUCUGCCUUGAGAGACAUUGGAGUGCGCUUCUGGGGGUGGCAUCAAACUGCUGAUGUCCUGCUCCUUCUGGGGUAGUUUGUCACCUGUGAGCCAGUGUGGUGCAGUGGUUAAGAGCGGUAGUCUCGUAAUCUGGUGAACUGGGUUCGCUUCCCCGCUCCUCCACAUGCAGCUGCUGGGUGACCUUGGGCUAGUCACACUUCUCUGAAGUCUCUCAGCCCCACUCACCUCACAGAGUGUUUGUUGUGGGGGAGGAAGGGAAAGGAGAUUGUUAGCCGCUUUGAGACUCCUUCGGGUAGUGAUAAAGCGGGAUAUCAAAUACAAACUCUUCUUUUUCUUCCACACCCUGGACUCGGCUCUCACCUGUGGCUCCACAUCUGUUUACCUGGGUAUCUUCUUCUUUGGCAAUCACUCGUAGCCGAGUAAGAUUGUCUUCCAUAAACACGGUUUUGACAGUGGGUCCGUAAGUGACUAUGGAGGCUGAUUCUGGAUCCACACGUCCUUCCACAGUGGGGACAUUGGUUUCUGGGUGGGAGUUGAUCACAGUGAGGGUUUGCCAAGCAUGCCUUCCUCUUAGUGCGUUUCUCCCUUUUGUCCCGAGUUUGAGCGUCUUCAAAGCCCACGAUGCCUUUGGUAAAGGCUGUUCUCCAACUGGAGCCCUCGCAGGCCAGUGUUUCCCAGUUGUCGGUGUUUGUACUACAUUUUUUAGAUUUGCCAUGAGAGAGUCUUUAAACCUCUUUUGUUGACCACCAGCAUUGCACUUUCCAUUUUUAAAUUCGGAAUAGAGUAGUUGCUUUGGAAGAAGAUAAUCAGGCAUCCACACAACAUGACCAGUCCAACGAAGUCGAUGUUAAAGAAUCAUUGCUUCGACACUGGUGAUCUUUGCUUCUUCCAGUACACUGGCAUUAGUUCACCUGUCUUCCCAAGUGAUGUGUAAAAUGUUUCGGAGACACCGUUGAUGGAAUCUUUUGAGGUGUUGGAGACGGUGUUUAUAAGUAGUCCAAGUUUCACAAGCAUACAGUAAGGUUGGUAGCACAAUAGCUUUGUAAACAAGCAUUUUGGUUCCCCUGUGAAUGUCCUGGCCCUCAAACACUCUGCACUUCAGUUGGGAGAAAGCUGCACUCGCAGAGCUUAGGUUUACCUGGGAGUAAACCUCUUUGAACUCAAUAUAUAAGGACCGUGCUGUUAAAUUCCCUAACCUAGAAUAUUGCUUGGGAAACCUAAUGGAAGCCAGAGAGUGAUGACAGAACAGAUAAGGGCAGGAGAUCCCUUUUCACAGAAGCCAUUUAGCUUUUAGCAUUGACUAUGUGUGCAUUCAGCUGCCUUUUUGCAGUGAAUAGGCUGCCCAUCCCUGGUGCGAUAUAAUCUGCAUUCCUACCAGGGCAUGCCACAUUUCUUACUCUCACACGACAUCCCUUUCCUGGCUUCCUCCCCAUUUCGAUAUCCCCCCAAAACCUUGUCCUUGCAUUUAAAAGUCUCCCUUCUCCAUCUCUUUGCCAUCUUGCAACAGUAUAUUACCACCUUCUUCUUGUUCUUAGGAGACCUACUGGCGAAGGAAGGGGGGUGCGGUGGGAGCAGCAUGGCCCGGGUGUUAUCCCUGAAGGGGGGUGACAUCGCCGCCUCACCCCCCAGGACGCUCGUCGCAGGCGGUGCCCCAUGGGACGCUUGCCCCGCCCCUGCGGACGGCUAGCUCCGCCCCUGGGUGCACAGACCUCAUUCCCCUCAGGGAGCUAUACAGUGGUACUUCAGUUGUCAAAUGUAAUCCAUUCCGGAAGACCGUUCAACUUCUUAGACGUUCGACAACCGAGGCGCAAUGGGCGGUCGGCAAAAUCAAUUGAGAAACGCACCUCGGAAGCCGUUCAACUUCCACAGCGCGUUCAAAAACAGAAGCAUUCACAUCUGGGUUUUCGGCGUUCGAAAACCGAAACGUUAGGCUUCUGAGGCGCUCAAAAACCGAGGUACCACUGUAAUUCCCUGGGAAGGACUGACUCUUGAACUACUUAGGAAAUUGUAACUCUGCAUGGGGAUCUGGGGUCUCUAACAACCGGUGUUUGAAAUUAGCCAAGCGCCAGGCACGUUUUGUGUCUAAUUGCGACCACGUGGAGAUCUCUGGAUGCUGGGCUGGGGACUGGGGAAAGCAAAAUGUCACCUAGAGAAGGAUCUGAAAUAUUUUCCUUGAAGCUUGAAUUCAUUUUCAUUCUGCAUUGUUUUAUUUGGUGUUUUGAUGUGUUGUAAACAGCUUUGAGAUUUCUCCUUUAAAAUAUAAAGUGGCGUCGAAAUGGCUUGCUGGUUUUUGAAUGUCUGAGGUAGAUUUUUUCAAUUUCGUUGUGCUGUAUGGGACAAUGACAAUAAGGAUUAACGUAUAAAUGAGCAACAACAUCAAACGUCAAUGAAAAGAAAUGGCGCUUAGACAAUCUGUGGUGGCGACGGCAGCCUAGGUUUAAGGUGCCAUUUGGCAAAUAGGUUAUAUACCUGAGUUUCUAAUGCUGCUAACAGCCCUCAGCACCCUUAACAAACUACAUUUCCCAAGGUUCUCCUUCUCCCCAGUUAAUCCUUACAGCAACUCAGUGAGGCCAAGAGACGGUGAAUGCCCCAAGGUCACACAAUAAGCUUAUGGCUGAGUAGGGAUUUCAACCCUGGUCUCCCAGCUCCUAGGCCAGCACUCUAACCACUAUGCCACACUGGCUCCCACCAGCAGCUUGCUCUGGCUUGCCUUAUCUCUUGCUGCUUGUACCUUACUGUGGUCUGGAUCCCUCGGCUGCGUGGCGCUGCUCUUUUGUGGCGUCCUGUCUCUUGAGCUGGACCAAGCUAGCCUGGUCUUCUAUUGCAGCAUCGCCCCAAGCGCUAAGAGAUCGGCGCUGCACAGUGGGAAAGGAAGCAGAGCACCUGAGUUUUUGAUCCUCCGGAGGGAGGAAAACAGCCAGCCGUGCUAAUGGGCGAACCUACUGGGGGGAAAAGAUUACGUAGAAGUGACUGGAGUCCCAAGGGGGAAACUGGCUCCCGUCUCCUGGCAGUGAUCCUUUUCCCAUCGCCUCAUGUGCAAGCUAGUUCUCCACAUCCCUCCCCACCCCACCCCCCGCCACAAUCCCCGCUGCCUUAUUUCUUCAGGAGCCUGGUUUUAAUAGAGCGCCGAGUUUGAUGCCAAACGUUGCUUUCUCUUCUCUCUUGCCCUUUUGCAGCUCAAGUUCCAGACAGCGAUGAGCAAUUUGUGCCUGACUUUCAUUCAGAAAACUGUAAGUACUAUGGCUGGGGAGAAGGCGAGGAGGAGGAGGAGGAGGAGGGGAAGGUAGGGCUUUAGUGGGAGAAACCAGAAGGUGAUGCAAAUGUCUGGAACGCCAGCAUGCCUGAUCCCUUUCGCACAACCAGGAUGCGCUGAACUGGGAAGUGGGGAACCUCAGGCCUGUGAGCCAGAUGUGGCCCUCAAAGCCCCUCUGCCUGACUCUGUCACAUCCAUCAUGCUUUGCACCCUCCUUGAAUGCCUUCCCUCCUGCCCCCCCCCAUCUUGAACUCUGACAGUGCUUUUGGCAUUGUCCAGGGCAGCUGUCUACCAGCUCCCUGUGGUACACAGGUUGAGACCCUACCUGCCCGCGGACUGUCUUGCCAGAGCGGUGCAUGCUCUGGUUAUCUCCCGCUUGGACUACUGCAAUGCACUCUAUGUGGGGCUGCCUUUGAAGGUGAUUCAGAAACGACAGCUAAUCCAGAAUGCGGCAGCUAGACUGGGGACUGGGAGCGGCCCCUGAGACCAUAUAACACCGGUCCUGAAAGACCUACAUUGGCUCCCAAUACGUUUUUGAGCAAAAUUAAAAGUGUUGGUGCUGACCUUUAAAGCCCUAAAAGCCUCGGCCCAGUAUACCUGAAGGAGCGUCUCCACCCCCAUUGUUCAGCCUGGACACUGAGGUCCAGCGCCGAGGGCCUAAUGGCGGUUCCCUCACUGCGAGCAGCAAGGUUACAGGGAACCAGGCAGAGGGCCUUCUCGGUAGUGGCGCCCUCCCUGUGGAACGCCCUCCCAUCAGAUGUCAAGAAAAUAAACAACUAUCUGACUUUUAGAAGUCACCUGAAGGGAAGUUUUUAAUGUUUGUUGUUUUAUCGUGUUUUUAAUAUUCUGUUGGGAGCUGCCCAGAAUGGCUGGGGAAACCCAGCCAGGUGGGCGGGGUAGAAAUAAUAAAUUAUUAUUAUUGUUUGGCUUGCCUGAAAAUAGGCUAGAGAUGGAGAUGUAGAAGCUAGCCUGCUGUACAAAGGGAAGUAAACCCUACACAAAUCCAAAAUAGCACCCCUGAGAUGGUUGGAUGGUGCCCUGUACGCCUCCUUCUGGCAACUCCUGCAGCCAAGCUGGUGCCAAACGUUUUGCUCAGCUUUCCUUUGGAGUGAGGCUGAGAGAGCCCAGGCUUGGCUUUCCGAAUGUUGGGACUACAACUCCCAUGAUGGCUGGCCAUUGGCCACAUUGGACUGGGGCUGAUGGGAGUUGGAGUCCGAUAGCUUCUGGAGAAUCAUGGGCUCCCCAACCCAGUCACCAUGCAGGCUCUUUCCUGUCGGAAGGCCUUGACGCCUCGAUUUCCUUUUCCCAGUAGCCCUUCACAGCCCCCCAGCUAAGAUCAAGAAGGAGCCCCAGAGCCCAUGUUCGGAAGCAGCGGGGUCCUGCCGGCGCAGACAGCCUUACCAGUACCGUAAUGGGGAGCAAUGCCUUUACGCCAGGUAAUGUUUUGGGUGAGUGGGUUCUAACCCAUCUCCCCUGAUCUGACAUUCACCUGAAGCACACCUGUCGUGAGAUGUGUUUCCAGUGUUCCUUGAAAGCGUUAAGAAUUGAUGUUCUGGCAAUCUGUCCAUACGAGGAUUCCACUGACUCGACCUUCUUCAAGUGGCCAGCUAGCAAGAUAUGCCCUUUUCCUGGUCACUCCAUCCCACCUCUCCCCAGAAACAGCCAGGCAGCAUUCCGUGCCCACUAAACAUACACAGUCCUCAUUGGGUUGCUUUGGAGAUUUCCCUCCCUCCCAUCCAUUCCCCCCCUCCCACCACCUUUAAGGGUUCCUCCAGCCCAAUACUUUUUUAUACUGCUGCAAACUUCAAGGUUUCCCUUGUCUGCUGAUACUUUCCUCUUGUGCAUGGGUGGUGCUGUUUUGGCUACCAGGGUGGAUAAAAAGCAAUGAUUUAAAAAAUAAAUAAAUUAAAAAAUAUAAAUUGGAUUUUUUUUAUUUAAAUUGGAUUUUUAAAAUAAAAUGCUUUUGGAGGAAAAAAAAUCUAAAGAUGGUUUUCUAUUUAAGUUAUAUUAUAGUCCAAAGGCUAUUCAUCAGGAAAAAAGAUUUGUUUUAAGUUUUUCAUGUGUGCUAAAACUCAGUCUAAGUCUUUUUUCAAUUGUUUAACCACAUCAGUUAACAAACAUGGAUACAUAGACUAUAAUGUUAUUGUUUUAGUUAAAUAAAUGGUUCAAAUUGUUAUUAAGGAAGUGCUUGUUUUUCUCCUUCCAAUAAAGUACAGAAGAAAAGUUGUCCCAAUAUAAACAGUUAACUUAUUAAACCUCACAAUAAUUUCACAAUUUAUCUGUCUACUCUGAAAAUUUAUUAUUCCAAAAAUAAAACUUUCAUCUGGUUGCAAAUAUUAAGAUUAUACCAGGAGGAAUGAGUCUUUCUGUAAAAAAAUGGUUUAAAUCAAGUCUUACUGACUAGUGAUUUAAAUUGAUUUGAUUUGAAUCAAAUCCACCCUGUUGGCUACGUAAUGAUCUGUACCCAGAGAAUGAGGUCGCUAAGAAAAAUGAGCAACUGUUUGAGAAUCGCACCAGUUACCAUGUGUCAGGGUUAUGCUGGGAUAAGUGGAGGAGGUCAGUGGGAGCAAGAAAGAUGUAUAUCCGUCUGCAACUGAUGCUUGCGUAUUUUUCUAGGCAAGAGUCAAACUUUGUGAGCUCCCACAGCCUCCCCCAGGCUGCGCCCGGACAGGCAUACCUUAUGGAGCACAGGUGAGCCAUGGGGCAUUGAGCAGGUAUCGUUUCGCAAUGCAUCCCAACCAAUCCUGGAGGCUCAAGCUUGACCUCCCAGCCACCAAAUGCCAGGAGUCCUUGAAAGACUUAAAUGUUUCUGUAGGGAUGGAUUUAGACACUAGGAGAGGAUAUAUUGCCUAGUUGUUAUCCUUCCUUGCUCACAUUAGCGAGAUCAGCAGAGUAGCAUCCUUUGCAGGUUAACUGUGGAAGCUAAGACAAGGUGGAUUUAACCUUCUAGAAGCAACAGUCCAGGAUUCUAUAAGGCAGACUGGAUUUUCCUGGUAUUACCCCUUCCCUUUAAAAAGCAACAAGCACACACACAUUGUUUUGUGAAGAAAUAAAAGUAGGGUUUACUUACAUAAUCUAGGUAUUGAAGCAGCGAUUACAGUAGCAAUAUGAAGGCAGGCUUAUAACUACUAAGUUACAAAAGUACAAAAUCUCAGUUCAAAAAUGAUGAGCUCAGACAUGCACAUGGGGUCAGCUAGGAAGCCCAAUGAAGAUAGAGGAGGCAGGAAGGAAGUAUGUAUGUAGUGUCAACAGUUUCCUGCCAAGGCAGACAAAGGAAGUGAUCUCACAGAGUGCUCUCUAGCAAAUUUUACAAGAGAGCUCUGUGAGCCUCAGCCCCUUCAUACACCUCUCUAGCAAAACAUGAAUUGUUGGUCUGACUGCAAUAAUAUUUCCUCUGACAUAUGCUCAGGCUAGGGCUCUGGUGGGCCUCUGGGGAAGAGGGUGCUACACAUGUGGUUCAGUUGCUUUAAACACUACCAGCUCCUGAGCUAAGUAGUCAACUGGAUCGCUAGUGGGUAGGGCAAGGAGGGGGAAGCUGUGGUCCUCCGGCUAUUGCUGGUCCACAAAUGGCCAUCAGUGGGCAGACACUAUGGGAGUUCUAGUCCAACAACAGAUGAAGAGCUGCAAGUUCCCCAUCGCUUGGGCAGGGUCCCUACAUUUUAAUUUUUUUAUUAUUAUUAGUGGCUGGGGCGGGGAAAGAGCCCCCUGAACCUCGACUCUUAUUUCAGAAAAGCUUUACCCUACUUUUUGGUUGUGUAUAUUUUAUUCUUCUUAUAUUUCUAUAUAACCUUUUCUUCCAAGGAGCUCAAAGUGGAGCACAUUGUUCUCUUCAGAUGCUGUUGAACCACAGCUCCCAUCAGGCCUAGGAAGCCUAGCCAACGGCCAGGGAUGGUGGGAAUUGUAGUUCUGCAACAUCUGGAGGGCCAAAGGGUACCCCACAUCUGGCGCUGUGGUCUAAGCCACUGAGCCUCUUGGGCUUGCCAAUCAGAAGAUCGGCAGUUCGAAUCCCCUUGACGGGGUGAGCUCCCGUUUCUCUGUCCCAGCUCUUGCCAGCCUAGCAGUUUGAAAGCAUGUCAGUGCAAGUAGAUAAAUAGGUACCACUGCGGAGGGAAGGUAAACGGCAUUUCCGUGCGCUCUGGUUUCCGUCACGGUGUCCCGUUGCACCAGAAGCGGUUUAAUCAUGCUGGCCACAUGACCCGGAAAGCUGUCUGUGGACAAACGAGAUGAGUGCCACAACACCAUUUGACUGGACUUAACCAUCCAGGGGUCCUUUACCUUUACUUUUACCUUACAUAUAUUAGUCUUAGAGGUUUCACAACACUCUCUCUGUGUGUGUGACAGGCUAACACAUCGCUCCCCAGAACGGGUUAAUUUUAGAAUGCAAACAAACUUCCAGGAAGCUUGUCUGCCCCAUCCCAUAAUCCAAACCCAGCAAAGAGAUAGAGAGACAGACAGAAAGACAGACAGAUAUAGCGAUCUUCAGAGCUGAGUAUCGUGGUCACUUUUCACUUCCAAUGCAAAACAUGCCUUCAGGCUAUCUGUGAGUGCCCAUUUUUCCGGGGUAUGGCUAAAUCCCAACUAGUCCCGGCCUGCUCCUGACCAGUUAGCCUAUUUGGCGCUUUCCCAACCUGGCAUGCCGAAGAUCAGAAAUUUGGGCUGCUUUGAGAUGUGGAGCAGGAUGCAAGCUUACCUGCAGCUAAGCCCUGCUGAAUUCACCUGGCAUUCCAGACUCCGGUCGUUUGCGUGCCUGGGAGCCUUUGCCACAAGAUGGGCGAUAGCUCUGUCGGUAGAGCAGGAGGCUCUCAAUCUCAGGGCGUGGGUUUGAGCCCCAUGUUAGGCAAAAGAUUCCUGCAUUGCAGGGGGUUGGACUAGAUGACCCUUGAGGUCCCUUCCAACAGUUCUGCGAUUCUACAAAAGGGUGGUGGCUGUACACUCACAUUGCUUUGUGAGCUGGCCAGCUUGUAUAGUCUUAUCUUGGUUUUUAAACAGGUUAGUUCUCAAACAUUUUGGCUCCUGAACGCCGCAAACCCAGAAGUGACUGUUCCGGUUUGCGAACUAUUUUUUGGAAGCUGAACGUCUGACAGGGCUUCCGAUUGGCUGCAGGAGCUUCCUGCAGCCAAUCGCAAGCCGUGCUUCGGUUUCCAAACAUUUUGGAAGUCGGAUGGACUUCCGGAACAGAUUCCAUUCGACUUCCAAGGUACGACUGUAGUGCGUUUCUUAAAUCUUAGCUUUCGCUGGAGGCCUUUUAAGCAAAAUGCCUGCAGUUGCACCCAGUGCCGAGCAGGGGGGUGAGACUAGAUGAUCACCAGGGUUCCCUCGAAGUCUGUAAUCCUGUUAUUCUAUGCCCACUGUCUUUCUGUCCUCCUCCCAGCUCCUCGUACCAGCUGCGUGGCGAGAUGGGCCAAUCCUUCCCUACUUCUCAAGCCUUGGGAUCGGACGCCCCGCCGGCAUAUCAGCGCCCGCUGUCUGCCCCAUGCCUCCCGUACCCCGCCCAGGGCUUCAAGCAGGAGUUCCACGACCCCAUGUAUGACCAGGCGAACCCGCUGGGGGCCGGUGGCAGCUCCCGGUACGCAGCAGGAGUGGUAAUCAAACAGGAGCAGAUGGACUAUGCUUUUGACGCAGGUAGGUGGUGAGAGAGCCGGGCUGAAUUGUUGGGUGGGGUGUGUGUGUGUGUGUGUGUGUGUGUGUGUGUGUGUGAUGAGAUACUCUAGUACAUGGGUAGGCAAACUAGGGCUUGGGGGCCGGAUCCGGCCCAAUCGUCUUCUAAAUCCGGCCCGCAGACAGUCUGGGAAUCAGCCUGUUUUUACAUGAGUAGAAUGUGUCCUUUUAUUUAAAAUGCAUCUCUGGGUUAUUUGUGGGGCCUGCCUGGUGUUUUUACAUGAGUAGAAUAUGUCAUUUUAUUUAAAAUGCAUCUCUGGGUUAUUUGUGGGGCAUAGGAAUUCAUCCCCCCCCCAAAAAAAAUAUACAGUGCUACCUUGGGUUAUAUACGCUUCAGGUUACAUGCGCUUCAGGUUACAGACUCCGCUAACCCAGAAAUAGUGCUUCAGGUUAAGAACUUUGCUUCAGGAUAAGAACAGAAAUCGUGCUCUGGCAGCAGCGGGAGGCCCCAUUAGCUAAAGUGGUGCUUCAGGUUAAGAACAGUUUCAGGUUAAGAACGGACCUCUGGAACGAAUUAAGUACUUAGUCCGAGGUACCACUGUAGUCUGCCCCCCCACAAGGUCUGAGGGACAAUGGACCGGCCCCUGCUGAAAAAGUUUGCUGACCCCUUCUCUAGUAUUUUUAUUCAGCACAGUGUAUCAAAGCCCAUUAGCCCUCCAGAGUCAUCUUGGUGGGGCCCCUCGUCUGAAGGGUGGGGGGUGGAAUUGGGGUGUCAUGCACAGAGCACCCAAAACCUAGAAGUGGUCCUUAAAAAAAAUAUUAUUUAUGCUUUUCAGGUUUAUACAUUUCACUAAUUUACAAUUAUUUUAACAUUCAAAACUUGACUUCCUUCCCCCCUCUUUCUGCAGUUCCGUAAUGUACCUUAAUGUACAGUCACACAGCCCGUUUUGGGUGUGUUUUUAAAAGCUGUUUCUUCUUAAGCUACUGAUUAUGUUAUGGAAAUGUACAAGCUUUUCGGGUUCAUAGAAUUCUUCAUCAGCCAACUAUCACUUCGAUGAAUCUUGAAAGCUUGCAGCCUCCCAUCCUACACUCAACUGCUUCCCCAAACUCAGUGGUCUUAACCAUCUCAGUAUUUUUCUUUUGGGGCAACAAUGACAAAAUAAGUCUAUAAGCUAUCCAAAUUUCUUUCUUUCUUUCUUUCUUUCUUUCUUUCUUUCUUUCUUUCUUUCUUUCUUUCUUUGUUGAAAGCCACAGGUCACUUUCAAGCAGGCUGCACCUCCCCCCCUCCUUUCUUUAACUGAGAGGCAAUCUUUUCUUUCUUUACUCAUUUCCUUUUACAUCUCAGCCUGGAAUGUUUCUGUGCUCAGUUUCAUAGCUUGCAAGCUAAUGAGCCUGUGAGAUGUGAUCAAAAAGUGGCGGCUGAUCUUUAGGCAAGCCUACCCUCCUCUCGCGCAUCUCACUGUGGAGGGAUAGCUUACACACUGCAAGAACUCUGAAUAAGUUCUUCCAGGGCCAUCUCCAGCUACAAACCUCCUACAAACCUAUCCCCUGCCCUGGAUAAACGAAACCCUCUCCAGUGAGAUUGGUCCUCUCAUUCAGUUUUUUCAAUAACCUUCUAAAACCAUGGUGGCGAGCAAAGUGGGCUUUGACAUUUAUGUAUCUAUGCAACAGUUCACUUAAUCGUACUUUACUUUUUCCUUUUCUUUUAUAUGAUUUUUGUUACGUUUUCUGUUUUGCAAUUUUAAAUACAGUGGUAACUCGGGUUACAUACGCUUCAGGUUACAGACUCUUCAGGUUACAGACUAACCCGCUAACCCAGAAAUAGUACCUCGGUGUCAGAGGCAUAAUGCUGUCCAGCUGGCCAUAGAUAAGACUCCGGGCUCUCAGCCAGUUCCAAACAAUUUGAUUUAUUUGACAAAGUUCAAGCGUACAUCUCCAGCAUUUCAAUUAGCGUCCUUCCCCUUGUGCGCAGUUGCUGCCUCUAAUCUUUCUUCUUCCUUUUCCGCAUCCAGCAUGCAAGUCUGCGAAAGCUCCUCCCCUUACUUCCUCCGUGUACCUAAUGGCUUGUGCCAGGCUCAUCCUCCUCCCCCUCUACGUCAGACCCACUUUCAGACGACAAGCUGCUGAUAAUCUCUUUAGGCUCUCUAUAACUGCUGGUUUCUGUCCUUUCAUCUUUUCCCAUUUGCCUCUCCCUGACACUCGGGUUAAGAACUUUGCUUCAGGGCGAGAACAGAAAUUGUGUGGCGGCAGUGGAAGGCCCCAUUAGUUAAAGUGGUACCUCAGGUUAAGAACAGUUUCAGGUUAAGAACGGACCUCCAGAAUGAAUUAAGUUCUUAACCCGAGGUACCACUGUACUUGUUUAAACAUCCAGUACACUUCCGAGCACAAUUCAAAGUGUUGGUACUGACCUUUAAGGUCCUAAACGGCCUCAGCCCAAGAUACCUGAAGGAGCGUCUCCACCCCCAUCAUUCUGCCCGGACACUGAGGUCCAGCGCUGAGGGCUUUCUGGCGGUUCCCUCAUUGCGAGAAGUGAGGUUACAGGGAACCAGACAGAGGGCCUUCUCGGUGGUGACGCCUGCCCUAUGGAACGCCCUCCCAGCAGAUGUCAAGGCAAUAAGCAACUCUUUUAUUUUUAAAAGAAGGCGGCCCUGUUUAGGGAAGUUUUUAAUGUUUGAUGCUGUAUUGUUUUUAAUAUUUGGCUGGAAGCUGCCCAGAGUGGUUGGGGAAACCCAGCCAGAUUGGCGGGGUAUAAAUAAUAAAUUAUUAUUAUUAUUAUUGUUAUUAUUAUUAUUUACAAUAUCAAUGACUUCCCUUCUUCUCUUUCCAUGGUUCAUUUUGCAUACCAUAUAUCCCUCCAUAUUUCACAUAAACUAAACCAUUCAGUAUUCUGUUAUCACAUCCACCAAAACUUAUUUACACUGUUGAAUUUAUCUUACUGCUACCAGCGUUUUUAAAUGAACACAAUUCUCACCCAUAUAUUCAGUAAACAAUUUCAAUCUUCUUUAAACAUAUGUUCUUCUUGUUCUCUUAUUCUAUAUGUUAAAUCUGCAAGUUGCACAUAUUCCAUCAGUUUUUAAGUUGCCAUUCUUCUUUAGUUGGGACCUCACUCAUUUUCCAUUUUUGGGCUAACGAAACACGGGCCGCAGUUGUAGCAUACAUAAAUAGUCUUUUUUGACACCUGGGAAUUUCCCUCUGAAUUUUCCCCAACAAAAAGGGACUCUGGGUUGUGUGGUUUGGUUUUUUUUUUUUGGAAAGAUAUUUUAAAACAUUUUUUUCAAUUCAUUGUAUAUACAAUUCAUUGUAUCUCAUUUCCCAAUACUCUUUUACCCUUUUACAAGUCCACCACAUAUGAUGAAAUGUACCCUCAACCCUGUUACAUUUCCAGCACUUAUCUGAUUCGGACUUAUACAUUUUAGCAAGUCUACUCGGAGUUAGAUCUGUAAAUCAUUUUCAGGUAGUUUAUGUAUCUAUUCAAUUGCCCCACUUAAUAAUACAGUGGUACUUUGGUUCUCAAACGCCUUGGUACUCAAAACAACUUGGAACCCAAACACUGCAAACCCGGAAGUAAGUGUUCUGGUUUGUGAACCUUUUUCGGAAGCUGAAUGUGCUCCGUUUUGAGUGUUACGCUUCCGAUUUGAGUGUUGCGCUGAGGUCUAUCUGUUUUUGCUAUUUAUUUUGUGUUUUUAUUUCUGUGGCUUUUUUGUUUUGUUUUUGUAACUGCGUGGAACCCAGUUCAGCUACUGAUUGAUUGAUUGAUUGAUUGAUUGAUUGUGUGACUGCAGUACAUUGUUUAUUGCUUUCAUUUUAUGGAUCCAUGGUCUCAUUAGAUCAGGAGUAGGCAAACUAAGGCCCGUGGGCCGGAUGCAGCCCAAUCGCCUUCUCACUCCAGCCUGCGGACGGUCCGGGAAUCAGCAUGUUUUUACAUGAGUAGAAUGUAGAACGUGUCCUUUUUUAAAAAAUGCAUCUCUGGGUUAUUUGUGGGGCCUGCCUGGUGUUUUUACGUGAGUAGAAUGUGUCCUUUUAUUUAAAAUGCAUCUCUGGGUUAUUUGUGGGGCAUAGGAAUUCAUUCAUAUAUUUUUUUCAAAAUAUAGUCCGGCCCACCACAUGGUCUGAGAGGCGGUGGACCGGCCCAUGGCUGAAAAAGUUUGCUGACCCCUGUGUUCGAUAGUAAAAUUCAUGUUAAAUUGCUGUUUUAGGGGUUGUUUUUCAAAAUCUGGAACGGAUUAAUCCGUUUUGCAUUGCUUUCUAUGGGAAAGUGCACCUUGGUUUUGGAAACGCUUUGGUUUUGGAACGGAUUUCCAGAACAGAUUAAGUUUGGGAACCAAGGUUGUACCAUUUCUGUGUACAAAAAGAAACUGGCAACCGUUUCAUCUGGCUGGAGACUUUUAUCUGGCCUGUGAGGUUGUUGGGAUUUCCUUUCCAUCCACCCCCUUGCUUAAAUUGCACCUUCGCUUUUCAGCUUAUCAAACCCCGAGGGCACGCAGUUAUUCUGCACUGGGGUGGCGUGACAUUUUGUGACCUUCAAAUACAAGCAGGGAGGGAGAGAAGAGGCACUGCUGUGCUUCUUCUGAAGGCCUGGCAUUGCGUUGCAUUGCAUAACCUCGAGCCGCCUCCCCCGCCUGCCUCUGCUUCCUGGCACGGAGCCCUCCUGUUGCUGAAUGGAGCAGAAAGGAAUUUCAUUCACAAAAUGGAGGCACAGGAACUGGGCUCUGGGCUGGCGGGGUGUCGGAUUACAGCAAGGCUGCUCUCCUUAUGGGCAGCUGACAUCAGCGCACAGGCUGGUAACCGGAGCCAAAUCUUGCUUGGCUCAAAGCCCAGAGGGAAGAAAGUCUGGGCAUGCAACUUCUGACUCCCCGAGGCGUCAAAAUGCCUGGGUAGAACAGGGGCUUCUUUGGCUGCCAGAGAAGCCGGAAGAAAAACCAGCCCCCUCUUUCCGCCAGCCCUUAAUUUUCUCCACGGGCAGCCUUUAAAGGCUUUUCCUGGGCUGCCCCUUCCUCUCCACUGAACCUUGCAAAACCGCAGGCUGCUUUGGGGAAAGAAGCCCGUCUUACCAAUGUUAUAAGAAAAAAAUGGUCCUUUCCCCUUAGAGCCCGUAUAGAGUCCUUAUGUAGGUUCUCUAUUGGUAGGAGAAAAUAACAGAGGCCAACCAGAAAAUGUUGAGAAGCAAAGCAGCUAGUAAGCCUGUUCUUUAUUAAACUGUUGCAACAGGGUACUCAACACCCCCCCAUAAGACCUUGUUGUUGUUGUUCAGUUGUGUCCAACUCUUUGUGACACCAUGGACCAGAGCACGCCAGGCACUUCUGUCUUCCACUGCCUCCCGCAGUUUGGUCAAACUCAUGCUGGUAACUUCGAGAACACUGUCCAACCAUCUCGUCCUCUGACGUCCCCUUCUCCUUGUGCCCUCCAUCUUUCCUAGCAUCAGGGUCCUUUCCAGGGAGUCUUCUCUUCUCAUGAGGUGGCCAAAGUAUUGGAGCCUCAGCUUCAGGAUCUGUCCUUCCAGUGAGCACUCAGGGCUGAUUUCCUUCAGAAUGGAUAGGUUUGAUCUUCUUGCAGUCCAUGGGACUCUCAAGAGUCUCCUCCAGCACCAUAAUUCAAAAGCGUCAAUUCUUCGGCGAUCAGCCUUCUUUAUGGUCCAGCUCUCAUUUCCAUACAUCACUACUGGGAAAACCAUAGCUUUAACUAUACGGACCUUUGUUGGCACCAUAAGACCUUAGAAUUCCUAUAACACCAACUUUUAAACAUGUAACCCAUGCAUUUGAAACACACUGUUGCUCAGAGCCGGGUUUCAUUGUUGGGUUUUAAUGCAAGGGGGGGGGCAGGCUUGUGGGGCAAAAAGAGCUUUAGUUGAGCUCAAAACAUCAAAGCGAUUUAGUGUAAUAAUCCAAAGAAUCAAACCUCUCCACCUGCCAUACUGUAAAAUCAAUCGUAAAUAUUAUUACAGUGUGUUAAUGAAGUGUUAGUAAAGGUAAAGGUAAAGGGACCCCUGACCAUUAGAUCCAGUCGCGAACGACUCUGGGGUUGCAGUGCUCAUCUCGCUUUACUGGCUGAGGAAGCCGGCGUACAGCUUCUGGGUCAUGUGGCCAGCAUGACUAAGCCACUUCUGGCGAAUCAGAGUAGCGCAUGGAAAUACCGUUUACCUUCCCGCCGGAGUGGUACCUAUUUAUCUACUUGUACUUGACGUGCUUUUGAACUGCUAGGUUGGCAGGAGCAGGGACCGAACAACGGGAGCUCACCCCGUCGCGGGGAUUCGAACCGCCGACCUUCUGAUUGGCAAACCCUAGGCGCUGUGGUUUAACCCACAGUGCCACCCUUUAGUAGAGUCUGUCUAAUAUGGUGGUGGGCUGCCUGGCUGGCUGAUUUUCUCCAGAGAGAGUAUUCCACAAAUAUGAAGCCACCACUUUUAGGAUUUGCACCUCUGGAGGGUGGAAGCCAAAUUCUGCCUACUCAACCCAGCAAUUUCUGUCUGUAUGUCUGUCUGUCAUCAUCAUCAUCAUCAUCAUUAUUAAUUUGGUUUUUCAAAUUAAAAUUUUACAGAGAUAUAUCAAACUUAAAUCAUAAAAACAAGAUCCCGAGGAAUCUCUUGGACUUCCAUCCUCCCCUUUGUGGGUCCCAUUAUUAAUCAGUUCCUCCUGCAUCUUUUACAAUGAUCCAAAUCUUUUACAUCUCUAUUUGUGUCCAGAAUUCAGCCUUAAACUACAAGUGAUAUUCCAAUCCUACUAACGGUUUUAACUGUUUACAGUGGUCUUUAAGAUAAGUUUUUUUUAAAAUUCCCCAUUCCUUAUUAAAAUUUUGGUCUUCCUGCUUUCUGAUUCUUCCAGUCAUUUUAGCCAUUUCGGCAUAAUCCGUCAACUUGAUCUGCCAUUCUUCUCUGGUCGGGACUCUAUCUUCCUUCCAUCUCUGGGCCAAUAACAUCCGUGCAGUCGUGGUCGCAUACAUAAAUAGUCUUUUCUGCUCCCUUGGGAUUUCGGCACUUAGAAUUCCUAAAAGGAAGGCUUCAGGUUUUUUAGCAAAGGUUAUUUUAAACAUUUUUUUUCAACUCGUUAUAUAUCAUUUCCCAAAAUCCUUUUACUACCUUACAAUUCCACCACAUAUGAUAGAAGGUGCCUUCUUUUUCCUUACGUUUCCAGCAUACAUUUGAGCAUGUUUUAUACAUUUUUGCUAACAUGCUGUGAACUUUAAAUUCCGUAACUUCUCCCAAGCUGUAAGUUGUAUAUGGUACCCAAAGUCUCUUGCCCAAUGUAUCAUUACUGAUUUGACCUGUUUGUCUUUUGUAUCUUUGUGUCUGUCUCAUAGAUGUCCCGAGCUGCCAUUCGAUGUAUAUGAAUGUGGAACCCUUCCCAGGACAUUCCAGUGCCGACAGCACACUCGGUGAGGCAUUUUCCUUGAAGGCCUUUUCUUGUCCGCAAGCCAAUAUCUCCUAUUAGCUGGGCUGUUAGACAUUUCUCAGUCUACACACGUGACCAGGCUGACUAGUAAAAGGCAGGAUUAUACACUCAGGAAAGGAUCUGUCCUUUGUUUUCUGUACAGUAGUACCUCGGGUUACAGACGCUUCAGGUUACAGACUCCGCUAACCCAGAAAUAGUACCUCGGGUUAAGAACUUGGCUUCAGGAUGAGAACAGAAAUUGUGCAGCGGCAGUGGGAGGUCCCAUUAGCUAAAUUGGUGCUUCAGAUUAAGAACAGUUUCAGGUUAAGAACAAACCUCCAGAACAAAUUAAGUUCUUAACCUGAGGUACCACUAUAUUUUGAGUUCAGCUGCAGUACAUAUGGGCCAGUAAGAAAAGCAAAUACUUUCUGAGCAUUGCAGAGUUUCCAUGUCACACAACCCUGGUUGGGCGACACCAAGGGAAUGCAUGUGGCGUUCGAAGCUUUUAUAGGGGUGAGUGGUUGUCAUGUGAUCACUCCCAGCCAACCUGGAGUGUUGUGAGGAGCACUGGGACACGUGACCAGUCCCAGCCAAUCCGGAGCACUGGAAAGAAGGUUCUGGCAGCUAACCCUGGUUGAUGAUUCAGUCAAUUAUCCCCCAAACGGGAACGUUCAAGACUCCUACUGCAAGCCAGAUCUUUUUCCACGCAGUUAUUCACCAAGCAAAACUAAAUUAUGUUCAUUUAGCCAAGCUAUCUUUUCGAAUCCAUGUGAAAAGUGUUUAGUACCCCUCGUUUUUGGAAUGUGAAAGUUGAAAAAAAUCAGCACGCCCUGCUGAUGUGUUCUUUUUUCCACAGGGUACAGUUAUGAGAAACAGGCGCGGCCAUUCGCUGAUGACGUCUGCGUCGUCCCUGAGAAGUCUGAAGGUCAGAUACGCAACUGCCCUGGGUUAUAUGAGCUGCACCACUGGGCAUCCGCCAUCUUUUCAAAGGCUGCCUGAUUGAGCUAAGGAAACGUUUUGCAUGAAUUCAGUAUUCUCUAAAACAAAAAAAUUAAAGAAAUCUGAACCAGAAUGUCCAGCUAUGAGCCACAGAUCAUAAUCCCUCCAUAUGAAGAAAAGCCCAAGUCUUUACAGCCUUGGAGAUUUGUGGCAUUUAAAUGUAGGGCCUUUUGUCUUGUGCAUGGUUCUGGUAAGGAAGCAAAUCAAACCUUCUCAUCAGAACCGGAGCAAUGAUCUACAUCGUCUUGCCCAAAGCUGAAAUCUGCCUUCCUCUCUGAAACUUCAGGUGGAACUAGAACUGGAAAAAUCAAAUUUGAAAUCCAGAUUAUAAUAGAGGGGUGUGUGUGUGUGUGUGUGUGUGUGUGUUGGAGCAGGGGUCUAGGCCAUUGCGUCUUACCUCAUUGAUGAGAAAAAAGGGGGUGGGCAUCUGGGGAAAAGGACUUUGGCAAUCCCAACCGCCAAGGAGCCCAAUGUGUUUUGAAAAUACAGUGGUACCUCCGGUUGCAAACGAGAUCCGUUCCGGAGAUCUGGCCGCAUUCCGAGGAAUUUGCAACCGGAGGACCGCUUCUGCGCAUGCGCACAGCACGUAGAACGCUUCUGCGCUUGCGCGUGCGGCAAAAUCAGAAAAAUACUUCCGGGUUUGCUGCGUUCGCAUCCUGAAGUUUCCAUAUCCAGAGGGAUAAGUAAGCGGAGGUACGACUACGUAAUUUUGGCUUUAGGAACCACCCCCAGAACGUAACUCCGGCAUAAGUUGAGAGUUGCCUAUAGACUUUGUGCUGGAGUUAUUUUAUAUAAGGUAAAAUUCUUACUCUCUUCCAGGGCUUAAUUUGAAGCUAGUCUUAGCUCGGGAAUCUGCCUUAUUGCCAGACUCUUAUCUGCCCUGCAAUAUAGGAAGUAACGUGGAAAACCUGCAACAAAAUGUUGCAGUGUAUCUCCAUCUUCUAAUGGGAGCGCUCCUAUUCCGGGUACCAGCUAACCACACUGGUUUCCAAGAAGGUCCCUCUGUUCUCUCUUCCACCCAGCCAUGAUUUUAUAGUUUUCUUUUCCAAUGGAUGUUCAGGGCUCCAUGCUACUGAGUCCCCCUGGGGCUGUGUUGGAGGUCUUUUGCAAAUAUUUAUAUACCUCUGCAAAACCUGGGGUUCCACCAAGCAUACUGACACCUGCCUCUUUGUUUGCUACUGGUCUUAUUUUGGCUACUUAGCUUUUGGCAUUCAGCACCUGAGUUUGAUAAUAGAGGGAGCGAUGAACUUUGGGCCAACGUUCGAAAUUCGCCAGGCGCCUUUUGCACCUGGCUACCAGCCACUUUGGAUGCAGGUGGUGCUGUGGGUUAAACCACAGAGCCUAGGACUUGCCGAUCAGAAGGUCAGUGGUUUGAAUCCCCGCGACGGGGUGAGCUCCUGUUGCUCGGUCCCUGCUCCUGCCAACCUAGCAGUUUGAAAGCACGUCAAAGUGCAAGUAGAUAAAUAGGUAUCGCUCCGGUGGGAGGGUAAACGGCGUUUCCGUGUGCUGCUCUGGUUCGCCAGAAGCGGCUUAGUCAUGCUGGCCACAUGACCCGGAAGCUGUACGCUGGCUCCUCGGCCAAUAAAGCGAGAUGAGCGCUUAUAUACUGUCUGUUUACCAGCACAGCUUUUCCUGACUUCAUUCCAAUCUUCCAAUCCGGGCUCUUGUCCAAAUUUGUUAUUUGAAGUUUAACGACGCAUCAACUCCCAAGUUGUUAAAUCAUUCCAAUCCGGGCUGUUGUCCAAGCCUUUCUUUUGAGAUUUAAUGACGCAGUACCUUCCACAUUGUUAAGUUGUUACUAUAGACUGUUGAGCAUACUGUUUGCAAUAUUGCAGUGUCAAGGAACUGUAUCCCACAGAUAUAAGUCAUUUGGUGAUCGAUCAGCCUUCCUGGAGACCACACAACCCCCCCUCCGGGCCCUAGAAGGGCCCCCGCCCCAAGUUGUAACUGAGUUUCAACUCACACAAGCCCCAGCAGGCAUGGCCAAUGGGAGUUGCAGUUCGGCAGCGCCUGGUGAACUAAAAGUGCCCCACACCUAAUGCCCAGAGCAUGCCUCUCCCCUACCACCGAGAGGAAAAUGAAAAAUUGGAGUUCUAAGCAGAGGUUGAUGCCGACACCUCCUUUCUUAUUGGUUAAAAUAGAGUUAACAUUCAGGGUGCUUCUUGUUUUCAUUUAUUCAUUUAUUUAUUUUUAUUGAAAGUUUUAUUUACAACAUAACAUAACCCCCCCCAAUACAGAAAUCCACCCUCAUUAAACGUGAACAUAACAUACAAUAAGCAUAACAUACAACAAUACAAACAACCAAAUAAAAGACUUCCUUUAUCCUGCAUCUGGCUUCCUUAUGUACUUCUUAUAAGCUGUUUCCUUUAUGGAUAAUUAUUAAGAUUUUUCUAAUUAUAACUUAAAUAUCCACAAAGUCUCCUGCAGACGUUAAUCGAAACAAGUCCAGGUAUGUAUUUUAGGGCACUGUUUUGUGAAGCAUUCUCUGCAUUUCCCCAUGCUUUUUGAAACUCUUGUCUAGUGUCUAAUUGCCUCUGUUAAUUCAAUAUACUCGUAACACUUUGUCUUGCCAUUCCUUUUUUGUUGGCACAGUUUCUUUUUUUCAUUAUGUUGGCUGUACUUGGCAGGGGACAUCAAGCAAGAAGGGGGUGGGUACCGUGAGGGCCCCCCUUAUCAACGGCGGGGGUCUCUACAGCUUUGGCAGUUCCUGGUAGCUUUGCUGGAUGACCCAAGCAACUCCCAUUUCAUUGCCUGGACAGGCCGAGGGAUGGAAUUCAAACUCAUUGAACCAGAGGAGGUGGGUCUUGUUUAAGGUUGAAUUAAUUUUUAUACUUCCCACCAAGUUUUGAUUCCGGUGCAAUUUACAGUGUAUUGAUAUCUCCUCCCUUUCUCCUUCUUCAAAUAAACUUCGAUAAAUGUGCCAGUGGCCACUGCUGGACAGGGAAGAGCACUCUUCAUGCACUCAGAGGCUACCUUCUCAUCAGCCCAGCUAGCUAGUUUGUACCCCCUAAAUAAAACCCGGCUUCGAUGUUCGAACGUGGUGGGUUUUUUUUGUUUUGUUUUUUUUGAGGUUCCUUGGCAUGGUGUGUUUCGCAUUAUUGUUAUUUAUUGAAUUUAUAUACUGCUCUACAAUGGUACCUCGGGUUACAGACGCUUCAGACUCCACUAACCCAGAAAUAGUACCUCGGGUUAAGAACUUUGCUUUAGGAUGAGAACAGAAAUCGCGCGGCGGCAGCAGGAGGCCCCAUUAGCUAAAGUGGUACCUCAGGUUAAGAACGGACCUCCAGAACAAAUUAAGUUCUUAACCCAAGGUACCACUGUAUAUCCGCAAGUCUCAGGGCGGUUCACAGGAUAAAAUCAGAAUAUAAAGCUACAAUGUAAAUAAUAAUAAUAAUAAUAAUAAUAAUAAUAAUAAUAAUAAUAAAUAUAUUAAUUAUACCCUGCCCAUCUGGCUGUGUUUACCCAGCCACUCUGGGCGGCUUCCCACAGGAUAUUAAAACACCCUAAAACAUCAAACAUUAAAAACUUCCCUAAACAGGGCUGCCUUCAGAUGUCUUCUAAAAGACAAAGAGUUGUUUAUUUCCUUGACAUCUGAUAGGAGGGCGUUCUACAGGGUGGGCGCCACUACCAAGAAGGCCCUGUGCCUGGUUUCCUGUAACUUCACUUCUUGUGGUGAGGGAACUGCCAGAAGGCCCUCGGAGCUGGACCUCAGUGUCCAGGCAGAACGAUGGGCGUGGAGACGCUCCUUCAGGUGUACUGAAUAAUCAAAAUAAAAACAACAACCCAACCCUGCCCCCCGAAAAAAACCCAGAUUUUUAAAGGGCAUAGAAUUAAACCCAGCAUUGUUUUUCUCUCUGCGAUGGGCACGGCUGCAGGUGGCGCGGCUUUGGGGCAUCCAGAAGAAUCGCCCAGCCAUGAACUACGACAAGCUGAGCCGCUCUCUUCGCUACUAUUACGAAAAGGGCAUUAUGCAAAAGGUUGGUUUUGCGUCUGGAGCGGAGAGCGGUUGUCUGGAGUUGAAGUUGGGUUGCGCUUGGGUGUAGUUUUGUCCCCACCCCUGACUUCUGCAAAGUCAAACUUGUGACUAAGGAUAGAGAGGAUGACAGCGAGAGUCACCUCAGAGACUGGUUGUGAGAAGGCCGGCAGGUUGGGGGCUGAAUCAGGGCAGACUGAGGUUGGUGGGGCAGUGCCUCUCCCCCCCCCCCCAAAAUAAAUUAUCCUCCACUGCCUGUGCAGUUUGAGCUUAGGAGGGGUGUGGAGCAUGUGAAUUAAUAGAAAUUAAAAAGGCUAUGAAAAAGGGAAAAGAGAAAAAGAAGCAGGGAGAAGAAAGGAAUCAGAGAAAGGGAAAGGGAAAGAAACAAAAAAGAAAGGGGGAAUGAGGCAAUAAAGAUGCUGCUCAGAAUGUUGGGAUCAUAUAUAUAUAUGGUCAUAUAUAUACCGUAUUUUUCUCCCUAUAGGACGCACUUUUUCCCCUCCAAAAAUGAAGGGGAAAUGUGUGUGCGUCCUAUGGGGCGAAUGCAGGCUUUUGCUGAAGCCUGGAGAGCAAGAGGGGUUGGUGCGCACCGACCCCUCUUGCUCUCCAGGCUUCAUUCAGGAAGCUCUCCGCACGCAGUGGGAGUCUGUCGCGAAGUCGUGUUGAGAGAUUAUUCCUCUUAAUUUCGGGAAUAUUGGCUCCGGUGUGAGGGUCAGUACCGGGAACGGGGGGAGAGCAGAAGGCGGGGGAAGGGGGCGUCCCCGCCUCGCCAACAGCCUGCGGCCGCCUCGGCGGAACCAGCCCAGCCGCCCAGCGCUCUCCCUCAGCACCGGGAGCGCCUCUUCUUCUCCUCCUCCUCCCCCACCCGCCUCCUCUUCCUCCCCCUUCUCCACGCUCGGUCGCGCGUGUCUGUGUGUUGGGGGAAGUGCGCACACGCGAGCGCGUCUUCUCGGCCCCGAGACCGAGUGGACUGUGCCAGAGAGAGAGAGGAGACUGUAAAUGUGCGUAUCCGCGCUGCGGCCACUGCCGCUCGCUGCCUUUCACUCGGGCCCGGGCCGUGCGUGUGUUUGUGCGUGCGCGUCCCCUGUGCCUCCCUCCGGCGCGCGCGCCUGCCCAGGUCCCCUUUCACAGCGCAGCCGCCUCAGCUGUCACCUCAGGCGCGAGUGCGCGACUAGCUCCGCCCGCUUCAACCAACAUGGGGCAUGGGGGAAGAGGGGAAUGGCUGAGGCGAAGAGCCGCGUAAGGUGCACACGCGGCGCAGGAUAUUGUUCCGCCCUCUUCGCCUUGAAGGUGUACGUGCGUGUAGAUCAGCUUCCUUUCCUCGCCUGCUUUUCCCCGGUCCAGCAGAAGACCCUGAUGAGCGAGUGCUGCAUUUGCUGCCGUCUGGGGCGGGGGGGAGCGCGCUCCCCCCGCGCGCUUGUUACCGUCUCCCUCAAAUACAAACCCACGCACAGAGAGGCUGCCGCCGACCUCGCCCUGCCAACUAAAGGCAUUUAAGCACAGCGGAGGUGCUGGCUCCGGCCAUUCUUUCUCUCCAUCCCUCACAAAUGUCCCCACUCAGCAAGAGAAGAGACCGCGCCAGGACUUCAGCCCUUUCUGAAGUUUUCAGGUAGCUUCGGUCUGUGGAGCUCCAAGAGUGCCUUUGAACAUGUGCGGAGUGUGUUCUCUUUUCACACCAGCCACAAGUACUAACCCACCAGCCAUGAGCCUACCUCUGAUGGGGGCUGGGAGAGAGAAAGGGAGUUCUAAGGAGGUCUGUUUUAAAAGAGGUGUCACGCAAUCAUAUCCUUGUCUACUCAGAAGCAAGCCCCAUUUAAUUCAAUGAGUCUUGCUCCUAGGUAAGCAAAAAUAGGGUUGUGGCAUUAAGCAGAUGUCAUUUACCCCAUUAGAGGUCUUGCACACAUAGCAAGCACUACUCAUCAAUGUCCCACCACCAGUCCCCUGAUUCUGAGACUUCUUCACCUGAGGGUCCAACUUGGGGGUUCCCCAACUGGUGCUCCCACAACUCCUCUGCAUCCAGCCAGCCCAUGAUAGUAUUAUUUUCCAUUUUUGCAUCCUCUUUGUUGGUAAAAUGUUUGCUUCAACAGCAGAAAGAUGGGAAUAUUCCAUCCUAAAUCUCCAUUCCUGCUUCAUGUUAAUACAGUUCCCAGAGUUUCCUUGUAGAGGAUCUACGGCUAUUUAAACCCCCAGCAGUCGUAAUUAUGAGGCAAUUAAGCCCAACGCCAAAGUCUGGGCAUGCCAGCACUUCCCAUUUCACCCUGCCCCGCCUCAGGCCCAGGCCCCUAAGGUUGCCCUUCAACUCCCUUGCAACUCUCACCAGGCCACAGCCCUCAUUGCCCCUCUUCACACCUUCCUUGAGUAUUUUUGCAUGGCUGGCCUAGAAUGUGUCCUUGAACACUGAUCAUGCCUAUUGCUAGUCUGGAUAGAAAAGUAAAAUUCACUGCAGUUUAUCCCACACAUAAUUACAAUUCCAACCCCCGGCUUGCGGAGAGCUGCCUGUUCUGGGCUGGGGGCGGGGGAAUAAUUUUUUCCCCUUCAUUCCUCCCCCCCCAAAAAAAACUAGGUGCGCCCUAUGGGCCGGUGCGUCCUAUAGGGUGAAAAAUACGGUAUAUGAUAUAUAUUAUAAAUACACACACACACAGUUUUUUUAACAUAUCAUUUCCAACAAUCAUAUAACAUAACUUCUUAUCUUAUACAAUAUUUUAGACUUCCGUCAACACCUCUGAUGAUUUUCUGUUCCUUAUCACUUAUUCUGCAUUUCUUAAUUUCUCUAUUACUCUUAAUUAUCAUUAACUAAUAAUUCUCCUCAUAGUCUUUCUUGCAAUAUUUCAAAUAGUCCUCCUUACAGAACUUCUUGCAGUUCUACUAGCAUAAUCUGUUCAUUACACAGAAUGUUGGGUUCCUUAGUUACUUGACAUCUGGUGGGAGGGCGUUCCACAGGGCGGGCGCCACCACUGAGAAGGCCCUCUGCCUGGUUCCCUGCAACCUCACAUCUCACAGGGAGGGAACUGCCAGAAGGCCCUCGGCGCUGGACCUCAGUGUCCAGGCUGAACAAUGGGAGUGGAGACGCUCCUUCAGGAAUACUGGGCCGAGGCCGUUUAGGGCUUUAAAGGUCAGCACCAACACUUUGAAUUGUGUUCGGAAAUGUACUGGGAGCCAAGGUAGGUCUUUCAGGACCGGCGUUAUAAGGUCCUGGCGGCCGCUCCCAGUCAACAUCCACAUUCGGGAUUAGUUGUAGUUUCUGAGUCACCUUCAAAGGGAGCCCCACGCAGAGCGCAUUGCAGUGGUCCAAGCGGGAGAUAACCAGAGCAUGUACCACUCUGGCCAGAUAGGGCCCAGGCAGGUAGGGUCUCAGCCUGUGUACCAGAAGCUGGUAGACAGCUGCCCUGGCAUAAAGAAUGCACCCAACCUCUGUUCUGGGGUCAUCCAUGUGGGGUUAUUAGCAAGAACCGUUCGCUGUAGUACUCUUUCUGCUCCAUUUUCCUCCCUGUCUUACAGGUGGCUGGUGAGCGUUAUGUGUACAAGUUCGUGUGCGAACCAGAAGCCCUCUUCUCUCUGGCUUUCCCCGACAAUCAGCGCCCGUCCCUGAAGGCCGAAUUCGAGUGGCACGUCAGCGAGGAGGACACAGUGCCUCUGUCCCACCUGGACGAGGGCGUAGCCUAUAUGCAAGAUCUCGGGGGGCAGCCACCGUAUGGGAAAGGCUACACCUAUUAACUGCCGGCCGAAGAGACGGGUCAGAUAAUGGCCGAGUUGUACAUAUAUGAAGACGUUUGUCGGUAAUCACCAAUGUAGAGUAUUGCCUCGGCUUUCCUGACGCCGAAACCGGACUGUACAGUGGGCUGCCUUUUCGAGGGGAGGGCAGUACGGUUGCCCAGUACUCAGAUCUGGAUUCAAAUCCUGCCUUAGCCGUGGACUUGCUGGGUGAACUUUGGGCAAACUGCUUUCAUUCCAGCCUCCGUUCCUGAGGACGAGCUUCCUACCUUGCAGGGAUGUUGUGAGGGCGGGGUCAAAUAAAGAUUGUAAAGUGCUUUGUA